AUGAUGGGACCCCAGGCGAGAACGGGAGUCCAGCAAGACCCCCAAAGCAGCUUCGCUCCUGCACAUCUGGAUAUCUUAGAUGAGGAAACCCACAGACUGGACUCCAGUCUGGAAAUGGAGAGCGCCAGGAUAGAAGACGAUCAAAACAUGGCCGACCUGGAGGCGGAGCUGGAAGAGAUGGAACUCCGGCUUAAACAGCAGGAAGAUCUCAGAGAGAGAUUUAUUAAUGAGGUCAAAGAGGCAAAGAGAGAACUUGAGAGACUAGAGAGAGAAGAGAGGGAAGAGAUGUCCAGUGAUUCAGGAGACCUUAACUCUGAAGUCACUCCUUCCAAAUUUUAUAACAGUGUGAAAAACAUGAAGGAGAAGACUUUGCAGCAAGAGUUUGAGGAUUUAAAGGUGGCCCACCUCCUCAGCCAGGAAGCAUUUGUAGCUGGAAUACAGGCUGAGAGAAAGAAAACUGAGGCUGUCCAAGAAGAACUGGACCAACUUAAGACUUCCUACAAGGAGCUGCGAUGUAAAUAUGAAGCAGAUAUUUCUCUGGUAAGGCAGGAGGUGAAACGUGAGAAAGAUGCAAACAUAGAAAGAGAGAAAGAGACUCUGAAGCUAGUCAACAAGCUGAGAGCUGAGAAGGAGGAGCUCUUUCGAAAAAUGGCUAGAGAAAUCAUAAUUCUGAGAAAGAGAGAGAAGCAGAUGCUGAACGAACUGGAUCAGGUUCACAUUUCGCAAGAGGAGCUAAAACGUAGGUUUGAAAGAGACAAUAUGGAUUUACAGCAGGAGGUUGAGACAUACCAGCAGCAGGUAGAGCAGGAGAGAAAAGCUCACCUGGAGCAAACAAAGGAGGACAAGAAGCUUCUAGACAAUAUGAGAGCCGAGAAGGAGGAGCUCCUCCACAAAAUGUCAGGAGAAAUCGAGACAUACAAGCAUCAGGUAGAGCAGGAGAGAAAAGCUCACCUGGAGCAAACAGAGGAGGAUAAGAAGCUUCUAGAGAAGCUGAGAGCUGAAUAUGCCAUCCUCCAAGAAAUCACAACAACGGAGAAGAAAAUCCUGCAAGACAAGGAAAGGAGUGCCAAGGCUGAACUGGAUAAUGUUAACGGUUUGUACAUGGAGCUAAACAGUCGGUUUGAAACCGAAGUAACUGCAUUAAAACAGCAAGUAGAAAAACACCAGGAAGAGCUCAUUUGUGUGAAAAAUGAUUUACAAAGAGCGAGAGACGAUCUACUGCUGGCCGACACUCUGAGAGCCGAGGAAGAAGGUUUCCAACAACAACCCAUCACAGUUUCCCAAGAGAAGGAAGAAAACUCACAGAACCAAGUUAAAGUUUUAAAUCAAGAGGUUUCUUCAGAGGAGGAUCUCUCAGGAGAACCUCUACCAGGUUCUUCCACGGAUCCAGAAUCCUCAGAAGAGACCGAGGUCGCUGGAGAAACCAUCCUGGAGGAUUUGGACAAUCCAGAUGGUAAAAAGAUAAAGUCUAAAAUUUCAUUUUGGAAGAAGGUACGAAACACUCUGCAAUGGAAGAAGCCAAAAAAGAAACAAACGAGUGAAGACAAUCAAGGACGUGUCUAA